AUGAGGGCUCUGGGCCACUGGAGCUCAGAUUCUGAGUGCCGUGCUUCGGAUGAUGCGAGCGGAGGGUGCCGGAUCAUCGGGUGUUCAGGCGAUGGGCUGUGUGGCAGUAAGGAAGCACCAGUCCGAGGGGUCCCCACACAAGCCAAGUCUGCCGCUCUGAUUAGCCGGGAGCGGCACAGGGACAGAAGUGCAAGAGUGAGCCUGUCCCCAUCCAGCCUCGAGGGCUGCAGAGUCAGAGAGGGUGGUGGACCGGGCUCUGCAGGAAAUCGAGGCGACCCCAGCAAGGAGGCUGGUGCGGAGCACCCCGCCCCGCUGAAGUGGGAAGCCCCGCCCCCCGCACGCACGUUUCCGGAUGUGACGUCAGCCGCCUCGCGCUUCGUGGGGUCACGCUUCGUGGGGUCACGCUUCGUAGGGUCACGCUUCGUGAGGUCACAACGGCUUGAAGGAUUCUUCUGUGUGGCGUGCGUGAGGUGCGGGGAGCGGAGAAGGUUCGACAUGGGAAACUGCAUCUGCUGUCAGGCACGGGUGGCCAAAGGCCGGACUGAGAGGACUCAGCCCCAGCCCACACAGGCCGCCAGGCUCCACCUUUGCAGUCAAAGAGAGACCGUGGCCUUGGCUUGCAAGUUGCAGGUGCAGGGACAGCCCGCCUCGGUGUGCAGUGUGUCACCAGGUCAGCAGAGGGGCCGUGCCUCACCCGCAGAGAGACGAGGCCAGGACCUGCCAGUAAUCAAGGUCUUCGAGUGCCCAUCACCACCCUCCUGCCUGAGGUCCCAUACCAUAGCCUUCGAGUCUGGAGCAUCAAAGCCUUACCAAGUGGAAGAUGAUACCGGGAACCAAAGCGUCAUAGAGGAGUUCUGUCUUGUGGAAACACUGGAUCCUGAGGGAGGCAUCUCUAUCCUAUGCACCAUAGAGGAGAUCUCUCUGGCCGAAACACUGGAUUCUGAGGAAGGCUUCUCACCACCCUCCACUAGGGCCCCCACACCCUUGAGUCAAUCCCACCCGGGCUCCAGCAGCGAACAGGGGCAGAGUUCAUCCCCCUUAGAGAGCGAGUCAGACACUGACUCUUUGAUUAUUAAUGGUGUAGAGGGUAAGUUGGUUGACUUGAUGCAGUUCCUGGCCUUUAAGUAUCUAAGUAAGGAGCCAACCACCAUCUUAGAAAUGGAGAGGGUUGUCAGCAGAGAUUAUGAGGGGCACUUCCCUGGGCUCUUUAGGGAAGCGUCUCAGUACCUGCAGUUGAUCUUUGGCAUUGAGAUAAAGAAAGUGCACCCCUGCAGCCCCUUCUAUGUCCUCGUCCCUGCCCUAGGCCUCACCUAUGAUGGGAUGUUUGGUAAUGACCAGGGCUACCCCAGGACGAUCUUCCUCAUAAUCGUCCUGGGUAUCAUCUACAUUCAGGGCAACCGUGCCAGUGAAGAGGUCAUCUGGGAAGUACUGAGCGAGAUAGAAGUGCACCCUGGGAGGAAACACAUCAUCUAUGGGGAGCCCCGGAAAUUCCUCACUGAAGAUUUGGUGCAGGAACAGUACCUAACAUGCCUGGAGGUGCCCAACAGCAGCCCUCUUCAAUAUGAGUUCCUGUGGGGCCCAAGGGCCUUCGCUGAAACCAGCAGUAGGGAAGUCCUAGAAUUUUUGGGCAGACUCAAAGACACCACCCUCAGGGUCUUUACUAUCGGGGAGGAGGAGGAUUCAGAAGAUGAAGAUUAGAGAGGCCCAGGGCCCCUGGAGGAGUGGUGGCUGGGGAGGGGGGCAGGGCAUAUUCCAGGGCACAUCCAGGCAUGUAAUUUCUGAGGUGUAUUCUAAACUCUAUGCUUAAAAAGAACAGUUACUUUUCUAAGUAGUGCAGAUGUAGAAUGGGAAUCGGGUAAAUUCAGUAUAUAAUCUUUGUAUUUCUCUUCUAUGUGGGUGACUGGAGGAUUGCUUUCGUUUUUGUUUUUCACAUGUUCCUUUUAACAAAGAUUGAACUAACUUCAAGUUAGAACGUUUUAAAGGCACUGCUCACAAACAUUACUGUUUGUAACCUUUUUAAGAGAUUUGCCAUUUUGUAAAACAAAUUGUAAAACCUUCCAUUCUAUUUGAUCUGGAACAAGAUAAUUUCUCAUUUAAAUAAAAGCUUUCUUGGAAA